GCGCAGGCCGGCUCUACCCGCCGUGUGCCGACCCUGCUGGCCGGCGGGGUAACUGCUGCUGACGCCAUGAGCUCGGACGACGCACCGCGCGCCCCAGCCGAGCUGGUGGAUGACCCAGACGACCCGGAGCUUAGUGAACUGCUGGACAGCGCACUGGCAGACUUCGGCCGCCCACUGCCGGCGUCGGCUUCGGCUUCAGCUUCGGCUACGGCUACGGCUACGGCUACGACUUCAGCUACGGCUUCAGCUCCGGCUGCAGGUUCGGCGUCAGCUUUAGCGUCGGGCGCGGCGUCGUCUUCGGCAGGGCCGGAGGAGCUCAACUUCAGCGACGCCUACAAGUCCUUCGAAGAGGCGAUGAAGCAGGCGCUGAAGGACGCGCCGGCAGAGGGCGGCCAGGCCGAGGCCGCCUUCUCGUCCAUGAUGGCCAACCUGGCCGAGGAGAUGGCUAAGACGGAGGUGGAGGGCGCCGAGGACCCGUUGGCCAAGACGCUGGCCGACCUGUCCAAGACCAUGACCUCCGAUGCUGAGAAGAUGGGCGGCGAGCCGGACAUGGCUGAACUCCUGCGCACUUUUGGUGGCGGUGGCAGCGGCGCUGCGCCGGAUGCCGCCUCGCUGGACGCCUUCAUGCCGCUAAUGCAGACGGUUAUGAGCAGCAUCCUCUCCAAGGACGUGCUGUACCCGUCGCUGAAGGACGUGUCGGACCGCUACCCCGCCUGGCUGGCCGAGCACGGCCCAGCGCUGGCCGAGCCCGAGCGACAGCGCUACCAGCGCCAGCACCAGCUCAUGUUGGACGUGUGCGCCGUGUUCGAGGAGGAGGCGGCCGGCGCCGAGGCCGAGCGCGCUCGCCAGGAGCGCGUGUUCCAGCUGAUGCAGCAAAUGCAGGCGCUCGGCCAGCCGCCGAAGGAGCUGGUCGGCGAGUCGGAUCUGGGCAUCCAGUUUGACAGCGAGGGGAACCCGCGCCUGCCGGCCGGCCUCGGCGCCGCCGCCGGCGCCGAGUGUAGCGUGAUCUGGCUGACGGUGCUCAUCCGGGUGCGCACCGGCCUCAGCCAGUUUGGCGUGUUCACCAUGUUCGCGAAGCGACGCGAGCUGGUGCAGAUGCUGCUGGCCCACCGUCGACUGAGCGAGGCGUUCCCACUGCCGCGCGCGCCCGGCCAGUGGCGCCGCCUGGUCGUCUACCUCGUCUGGUACGCUGCGGACGUCCUGGGCGUCACCUACGCCAUGCUGUGCUUGUCGAGCGGCCGACCAUGCCGUAUGCCCCACUCCACGUCGGCCGAGGUCCUCUACCUACUGGUCAGCCUCUCCUUCAUGGCGAUCCUGCGAAUGACACUACACUUUUCCUACUUCCUUUUCUAUGUGGCCGUGACCGAGCACCAGCGCCGCUUCGCCGCCAUCGAGGCGUCGCUGCGCCACUGUCUCGCGCGCGGCGAGCCCGCCGCCCUCGCGCGGCACCUGCGCCACUUCGGCGCGUGCCAGCGGGCUGCUGACCGGCUGCACGCGUUCGCCUCCGACUGGCUCUUCUUCUCGAUGCUGGGCGACUGCUCCGGCCUGGCCGUCGUGCCGUACCUGCUGACGACGCGCGGCUCUCACAGUCCGUAG